AUGACUACGGUUCUCUUAGUGUUCCUCGGAAUUUACACCAUUCUCCGAACAGUUUCAUUGCCCGAGUUGAACCUUGUACGUUUUCAGACGUAUCGAACGGUCAAUGUAUACAUGGUCAUGGUGAGCGCUCAGGUUACGAACGUCGUGCUGCUUGUGCUAAUUUUAGGUGCGCAUGGCUACGGUGAAGUAAUUGAUCAGCUAGAUCAAACGGUUAACCAAUUACGUUGCUUUGAAUUUAACUGCUCCUACUGGCAGAAAAGAAAGGUUUCCCGGCAUCGCCUUUGCUGUGACGCUAGCGACAGUAUCCUUCGUCUGAACACAUUGCACAAUGCCAUUACGGAAAUCGUACAGAGCGUGUUCAAAGUACUUCAAAUACUGAUCCUACUAACAAAUCUCAACCAGUUUGUCGUGAUACUAUCUAGACUUUACUUCAUCUUCGUGCCGGUGAUUCAGCAAUGGCAGCAUGGUUUGCAAUUCGAACGAAUCUUCAACUCCUUGGUGUUCGUUAGUUUCGAAAUAGUGCAAUGUUAUUUCCUCACGCUUGGAUCGAGCGUUAUGGCAAAGCAGGCCCGUAAACCUGGGUUUGUGCUGAACGUCUACAUUAACGCGCAUUUGGACGUACGAACCGAACAAAGUAUGGACAUUUUCGAACUGGCGUUGCUGACAACGGAAAGCAAAGUACAAAUUGCCGGCAUGUACACGAUGGAUUUACUGUUUUUAUAUUCGCUAGCCACAACUGCCACAACCUAUUUACUUGUGCUGGUACAAUUUCAAUUAAAUAUGCCUUAA